ACUUGACUCCCUGGAUCUGAGGAAUUAAUGAAACCAUAAUACACAGCCAAACAAUCUUUAGUCCACUAUUUAACCUAGACAUCUUUCAUGGAUAUUUAUGAAUAAUUAAUAAGUUACAUGGCUUUGAGCUAAAUGUUCCUUACCCUUGUUAUGAAUAAAUAAACUAACAGGCUCCUGACAUCUACUCACUUUACCAGUUAUUGUUUUUUUCUUUGAUGGAGAAGGAAUAUGGUGUCCAAAAGCCAGGACUAGAGAAGGAGGAAGCUACCAAAAGAACUAUCCCCAAAAGGAUAAUCCACUUUGCAAAUGGUGACACUAUGGAAGAAUAUAGCACAGAAGAAGAAGAAGAGAAAGAAGAAUUCAAGAAUACUGUAACACUUGAUACUUCUAAACUUCCAUGGGGGCCCUACCUGCGAUUUUGGGCAAUACAAAUAGUGAGUGCUUCAUUUUCCACUUGUGAAUUCCUAGGUGGGAAAUUAGCCACUUUCUUUGGACUUGAUGAACCCAAAUAUCAGUAUUUGUUAAAUGAAUACUACAGAACCCAAAAUCAGUCUACACUGGAGAAGGAGGAACCAGGGAGGAAUGCAAUGUGGGACAGCAAAUUUUUUCUCUGUUUUAUUACCUAUCAGGAAAAUGAUGAGCAAGUUGAAGAAGAUGACUCAAAGGCUCAGUCAAGAGAGGUCUCUGAUGAAAUGCAGCACUUGGAUAUUAAUGGCAAACAAUAUGGCACCAAUAAAUAGAAGACUACAGUGGACUUUACUCCCUAGGGAACCUUAACAAAUGUGGGAAAAGGGGAAGAAUCCAGUCCAUGACAGAAAACAGCAGCUAGAUUUCCUUACACCAAUUUCUUGAUCAUCAGUUGCCACAACAGACCCCCCCCCCCCAGGAAGU